GCGCGCGCGGCCGGCGGCGGGAUGGGGUCGCGCAGGGCCCCCGGACGCGGCUGGGGCUCGGGCGGGCGGGCCGGGGCGGCGGGCGACGGCGAGGACGACGGGCCGGUGUGGACCCCCAGCCCGGCCAGCCGCAGCUACCUGCUCAGCGUGAGGCCGGAGGCCAGCUUAUCAAGCAACCGGUUGUCUCACCCCAGCUCUGGAAGGAGCACCUUCUGCUCCAUCAUUGCUCAGCUAACAGAGGAGACCCAGCCGCUAUUCGAGACCACGCUCAAGUCCCGGGCUGUGUCCGAGGACAGUGAUGCCAAGUUCACCUGCAUCGUCACAGGAUACCCAGAGCCAGAGGUGACCUGGUACAAGGAUGACAUAGAGCUGGACCGCUACUGUGGUUUGCCGAAGUAUGAGAUCACUCACCAGGGCAACUGUCACGCACUACAUCUCUACAGGUGUCAAGAGGAGGAUGCGGCCAUCUACCAGGCCUCUGCCCGGAACACCAAGGGCAUCGUGUCCUGCUCAGGGGUCUUGGAGGUUGGCACUAUGACUGAAUACAAGAUCCACCAGCGCUGGUUCACCAAACUGAAGCGCAAGGCUGCGGCAAAGAUGCGAGAGAUCGAGCAGAACUGGAAGCCCAGGAAGGAGGUGGUGGGGGACGCCGACACUCUGCGCAAGCUCAGCCCCGACCGCUUCCAGCGGAAACGGCGGCUGAGCGGGGAUGAGGCGUCAGUGCCCUCGGCCCCCACCAGGGAGGCUGAGGACGGGACCCCAGCGGCUUGGCAGAAGGAAGAGGCUGAGCCUGGUCAGCAUCCAGCUUUGGGCCUCAUCAACAGUUUUGCUCCCGGAGAGGUGACCACCAACGGGGAGGCUGCCCCCGAGAACGGGGAGGAUGGGGAGCACGGCCUGUUGACGUACAUCUGUGAGGCCAUGGAGCUGGGGCCUCAGCGAGCCCCCCAAAAGGAGUCUGGGGCCAAGAAGAAAAAGAAAGGUGAGGAACCUAAGCAAGGUCUACGGAAGCCAGAGUUAGAGAAGGCAGCUCGAAGCCAACAAUCUUCCGAAAGCCGUGCCCCUAGUUCCGACAAGCCUGGGACACAGGGGCCCACGGACAUGGAGCAGGUCCAGACCCGGCCCAGAGGCAGGGCUGCAUGGGGGCCUGGGGCUCCUGGAGUGGAUAGCCUCAGGAAGUCAGCUCGAGCUGCGGGCACUCGAGAGCAGGCCCAGAAUGCCCCGGCGCCAGGCCCCAUCCCAGGCCCCGUCCCAGGCCCCGACCAGCAAGUGUACUCCCUGGAAAGCACCCGGGCGGGCAGGCCGAAUGGGGAGGAGGGGCCCCAGACCCCAAGUGGCAGGGCACCUGGAGAGAUGCCCUUGGGGAAGGUACCCAGUGAGGCUGGAAGUGAAAGGGGGCCUGUUGCCCCUGGCCAGCCCACGUCCUCAGCCCCCCAGCCAACUAGGCCUUUCAACAGGAAGAGAUUUGCCCCUCCGAAGCCCAAAGGGGAGCCCACCGCCGACAGCAAGCCUGAUUCUUCCCUGAGCCAAGCUCCAGAACCAGGGGCCCAGAGCUCAGGGAAGGCCCCACCUCAGGCCUCUGCCCAAGUGCCCACACCCCCUGCCCGGCGGAGACACGGCGCCCGGGACAGCCCCCUGCAGGGGCGAGCAGGCCACAGGACUUCGGGAGAGGUCCCGGAAUCCCAGGCAAACCUGGCUCCUACUGUGUUGGCCAGCAAGAGCGCCGAUGCGGUCUCUGCUGGUCGCAGCAACUCCAGAAGCCAGGGCGUCAUCGAGCCCAUGGAUACAGACACCCAGGAAGAUCAGAGGACAUCUGCUGACCAGAAACCUGGAGGCAGGAAGAAUACAGAGGCUGAUGGGAAGAUGCAAGUGGAUGGGAGGACCCAGGGAGACAGGACACAAACACCCCAGAGGACACAGGCAGAUAGGAAGACUCAGGUGGACAUUGUGCCACAGGAAAGUGAGAGGCCAGCGUCAGCCAGGAGUUCCCAGGAGGAUGCGGCGGCACAGGGAAGGGCAGGGACACAGGUGGAAAGGACACAGACAGGCAAGAGGACGCAGGAAGACAGAAGGAUCCAGGAAGAAAAAGGGGCACGGUCAGAGGGGAGCAUACCCACAGCCAUAAAAGGUCAGUCAGAGAAGGGCUCCAUGACCAGCCUCAGCCCACAGUCCAGACCCCCUUCAGGGGGUCCUCAGUCUCCUCAGAUUAUUGAGUGUUUUGAGCAGACCCCUGAAGGGCCCUCUGUCCCAGAAGAACCUGGUUUCAUGCUCAGACCUGAGGGGGCGGCAGUCACAGCCCCAGGGAGCUACGAGGCAGCUCUGCUGGGUGCCCCGGCAGGCAGCCGCCCACUCCCAGUGCAGCGACCUCCCCAGGGUGGUCCAGAGCAGCGGGGAGGGCCCAAGUGGUCAGGUCCGGUCAAGGACAAGCCAGAGGAUGGCCCGAUCCCACGCCCCAAGGAGGAGCAGCUGAGAGAAGUGCCGUCCAUGGAUCUGGGCGGCUGUCCUCCAGCUGGCUGGAACCCAGAGGUGCCUACUGUGCCCUCUCCUCCCGGGCCGGGCCUGACCAAGAGCUCACGGGAGGCACUGCCCAGCACUCCGGCCUCUCAGCACACGAGUGCUGCCACCUUCCCGCCAUCUGGGGACCAGGCCUUGCUGAGGUCGGCCCCCCCACUGCACCUGGGGCCAGGGACCCCCACCCAGAGUCACCCACCAGCAGCCACGUCAGCCGACAGCGAGGGGGCCUGCGCCCUAGGGCUGGACGUGGAGGGGAGGCCCCCAGGCCCCCGGAGCUGCGACCCUGGCCUCAUAGACUCCCUGAAGAACUACCUGCUUCUGCUGCUGAAGCUCUCCAGCACAGAGACGGGGGGCGGGGGGGCGGAGUCCCAGGAGGGAGCCGCCACUGGGGCUCCGGUGUCCUCAGCCACUCUGGUCCCCAAUGUGGAAGUGGCCGGUCUGAGUCCCCGGACGUCCAGGCGCAUCCUGGAGCGCGUGGAGAACAACCAUCUAGUGCAGAGCGCGCAGAGCCUGCUGCUGAGCCCCUGCACCUCCCGCCGCCUCACCGGCCUCCUGGAUCGUGAGGUGCAGGCUGGCCGCCAGGCCCUGGCUGUAGCCCGGGGCCCUGGCCCCAGCACGCUCACUGUCCCUGCCAUCGUGGUAGGCGAGGAGGAGGGCCCUGGGCUCCCAUCAGAAGGAUCCAGUGAGGGCGAGGGCGAGGGCGAGGGCGAGGUUGCCCCUGAGGGGCCUGGGCGCUCGGGGGCCUCCCAGGAGAGCAGCGUGCGAGGGUCUCUGGGGGAGGCGGGUGGGCAGACGGCCUCUGGUCAGGGACCACUCUCAGCAGACAGAAGGGCCCAGGAACCCCUCCGAGAGGAGGAGGCCUCGACAGGCCUCCCCGCAGCUACAGCUGAGGAGCUAGCUCUGGGAGCCCGGAGGAAGAGAUUUCUCCCCAAGGUCAGAGCAGGAGGAGACGGGGAGGCAGCGAAGGCUGAAGAAAAGGAGAGCCCCACAGUUUCCCCCCGGGGGCUCAGGAAGGGCCUUGCACCCGGGUCCCCGGGGACCCUGGGGCGGGAGAAACGCUCCCCGACCCAGGGUAGAAAGGCAGGCAUGCUGGAGGUGCCGCGGGCAGAGGAUGAGCCGGCAGCAGGAGACCUGGGCUCCGGCCCCAAGGCCAGCAGCGUGGACGCAGAGCAGGCCCUGGAUGAAGGCAAGCAGGACACUUGGGCCAAAUCCAAGAAAGCCAAAGACCUGCUAAAAGCCCCACAGGUGAUCCGGAAGAUUCGGGUGGAGCAGUUUCCUGACGCCUCGGGCAGCCUGAAGCUCUGGUGCCAGUUUUUCAACAUUCUUAGUGACUCAGUCUUGACGUGGGCCAAGGAUCGGCGCCCAGUGGGCGAGGUGGGCAGGAGUGCUGGGGAUGAGGGGCCGGCAGCCUUGGCCAUCGUGCAGGCGUCCCCCGUCGACUGCGGCGUGUAUCGAUGCACCAUCCGCAACGAGCACGGCUCGGCCACUACCGACUUCUGCCUCAGCCCCGAGGUGUUGUCAGGAUUCAUCUCCAGAGAAGAGGGUGAAGUUGGAGAGGAGAUUGAGAUGACCCCCAUGGUGUUUGCUAAGGGUCUGGCUGACUCUGGCUGCUGGGGGGACAAGCUCUUUGGGCGCCUGGUGAGCGAGGAGCUACGAGGGGCUGGACAUGGGUAUGGCCUUCGGAAGGCCUCCCAGGCCAAGGUCAUCUACGGGCUGGAGCCCAUCUUCGAGUCAGGGCGUACGUGCAUCAUCAAGGUGUCCAGCCUGCUUGUGUUUGGACCCAGCAGCGAGACCUCUCUCCUGGGCAGAAACUACGACGUCACCAUUCAGGGAUGCAAGAUUCAGAACAUGAGUCGGGAGUACUGUAAGAUCUUUGCGGCCGAAGCCCAGGCAGCCCCUGGCUUUGGGGAGGUACCCGAGAUCCUCCCACUGUACCUCAUCUACCGGCCUGCCAACAAUAUCCCCUAUGCGACCCUGGAGGAGGACCUGGGCCAGCCCCUGCAGCCUUACUGUUCUCGGGAGGGGGCCUGCGCGGCCGCCCCGGAAGCAUCCUGCAGCUUCGAGGUCCAGCACAAAUGCCAGACCUUCCAGCACUGGCUCUACCUGUGGACAAAUGGCAGCUUCCUUGUCACCGAUUUGGCAGGGGUGGAUUGGAAGAUGACCGAUGUGCAGAUUGCUACCAAACUGCGAGGAUACCAAGGCCUCAAGGAGAGCUGUUUCCCUGCCCUGCUGGACCAGUUUGCCUCCUCCCACCAGUGCAACCCCUUCUGUGAGAUGCUGGGGCUCAAACCCCUCAAGGGCCCUGAGACUGCCCACCCUCAAGGCAAGGCCAAAGGCUCCAAGAGUCCAUCCACUGGCAGGAAGGGCGGCCAGCUGAGUCCUCAGCCCCAGAAGAAAGGCCUCCCCAGUCCCCUGGGCACCCGGAAGAGUACUCCAAGCUCCAAGGCGCAGGGCCUGCGGUAGCCCCCACAGGAGGCUGGGGGCCUCCACCCAGCAGCAGACCAACAAGGAAGCAGCUCGAGGCGAUGGAGACUCCCGAACUACGGAACUAACCAGAGAAGGUGCGCUGAGGAGGCGCCACGAGGGGGGCCUCUCUGAGCAGCCUCUCCGCAAUCCACUCCUCAUCAGAUGGCUUUUGUGCAUGGUGACACCCGGGGGGCUUCUCCUGGUGCCACCGUCAGCCGGGGCUCCCAGGCCCCAUCCCCACGUGCCUGGUGGCCUCGGCCCUCCUUGAAGUUUACACUGGCCACUGCUGGAGGCUCCCCGAGUCCUCUGCAUGAGCUCCGCACCCAGCCCCCCGCCCCGCCAGACCCUGCCGUGAAUAUCGUACUCUGGGGGGCACACCGGCCAGUGGUUACCCUUUACUUUGCUUGGCCCUGACCUCUCCCUGUCCUUGGGGCUCCGGGCGUCCUGCACUGUGUCUGGCCUGGUGACUCUCAGGGAGCCUUCUCCUUCCAGCUAUUUGGCCUCGUGCCUCCCAGCGUGUCCUGCAACUAACCUGUCACUGAGCCCAGAUGGGGCUCAGGACACUUCCAGAGCCUGUCUUGUUCUUGUGCGGUGGUCUUUGGUAAUGCGUGUUCAUGCCCUUCCUUCCCCCAGCACUCAGGCACUCACUCACCUGCUUCCCGCGCUCCUUUGCCCUCGCAUCUCCCAUCCCCAGCUUCCAGCUGCCUGGCAGCCUGCUGCCUUUCCUUCGCUGCCUCUCUGCUUGUCCCCUUGCCCAGGCGCUUCCCCAGCCCGAUUCCGCACCCUGCCCACCAGUCCGCGCCUCCCCUGCCUCUCCCAGGCCCUCUGCCCCUGCGGGAGAGGUGAGAGGUGGCAUGAGCAUUGUGUCAGCAGCCCCGGCCAGCGCGCAGGCGUUGACUCGGAAGGACCUGGUGCUCCGCCCUGGAAAGAUGUGCAGUCACAGUGAAGUUCACAUCCCCUCUAGAGCAGGGAUGGAGGGCUAGGGCUGGUCUCCGAAGGGGAGUGCACUGGGGAGUUGGAGGAAGGAUGCAGUCCACCCACAGGCUGGGCUGAGGGGUCCCUGUGCCUGGGAAGUAGGACGCCUGCCCCAGCCAUUAGCUCUUGAUCCCGGGGCUCCAGCUCUGGGGCUUCACAUAUGGGCUCCCAAGGAAUUGCUGUGCUCCGCCCAGCACCCCCGGGCCUUCCCGAGAGCCCCUCCUGGUGGCCUAGGAAGGGAUGGGCCUGGUGCUAGCCAGCUCCCCUUGGAAUGCAAUAAAGGCAGCCACUGUGUACCCUGCUCGCCCUCAUCUGGUAUGGUUGUAGGUGUAUGGGGUCAGGGCCCCCUCUCCCCAGGCAGGUUCUCCAAGGGCGCCUUACAGCCCCCGGACCCACUGCAGUAAUGAAUCCAGGCUUUGGCUCCUGGAUGGACAUUCAGUCUCAGCCUUUGUGACCACAGCGACACUGUGCUGCUUGCCCAGCUGGGCUGAUGGGGAUCUGGGGACUUAGGUCUUUGGAAUUGUUCCUUCAUUUGGGAGAGGAACACAAAGGAAGGAACCCAGGAAGGAAGAGCAGAGCUGGCGGCUCUGGGGAAAUGUCCAGCGUCUCUGGCUGUCUCCAGUGCCCCAAGGCCGGCCCCGGGGACAACCAGCCUCUGCCUGCCAGCUGCUCACUGGCCCUUUCCUGCUUCCCACGCUGCAGAGGCUUCUUACUCCCCAACAACCCCAUGCCACAACUUCCCUUGCCUGACAUGUAUGCCCCUCCGUUUUGACAUUUCUGACUUCUCUACCUCUUGUGCUCAGGGCACUCUCCCCACUUUUUCCUCUUGCCCUCAUGUGACCCAGUCUGCAGAUCCAGAUUGCCUUGGUGAACUGGGAGUUGGAAUGUGAUCCGUUCAUUCAUCUGUCCAUUCAGCAGACAUAUGCUGAGCACCUCCUUCAUGCCAGACCCCGAGUUGACAGCUGUGGGAGGCACAGAUAUGUGAGGUGGACUCAAAAGAAACUUUCCAUUAGGUUCCUUGGGCUUUGAGCAACAGAAAUGGACUCAGACCCACUUUAGCAAGGCAAAAGGGUUCGUGGGAAGGGUGCUGGGGCAGCUCCCAGAGCCAAAGGAAGAGCUGAACAAUUGGGCUUGAGAUGGUGGGAGUCAGUGGUGCUCUAGAGCUUGCAUUCCGGGAGCUGCUGCCAUGGGCUGAGCCACCCAACCAGCCAUUGGGACUCCCUUCACUCGAGAUUCAAAUUCCUGUCCUAGAGCUCAGGGCACUCUGGAGUGGGACAGAGGCAGUUUUCCAAGGGACCGGGAUUCUUUCCGGAAGAAUGGUGGAGAGGGGGAGGGUAGAAAAGGACUUGGUGGCAACAGCAGAGACACUCCCCCAUCCCCACCCACCCACCCACACACUGUUCUUCCCACCUGAUGUAUUACGACUCUCCCACAUACAACCAAGAGUAAAUUCCACUCUGCUUGGGGAGAGCAUUCAAAGUCACGUCCAGUGACUAAGUCCAGGGGCUACCAUUCUCCAAAGUCCAGUGUCACGAGUGACACUCUUCCCCCUUCUAUCACAAUCCCAUUUUGAAAUUCUGCAACCUGGGGAGUAAAAUUAACCAUCUUCAACCAACAUUCUUGACCCCAGCAAGAAAGGAAGCACCGGUAAAGGCUGGAGUCCAUUUCCAGAACAGGUCAUGAGACCUAGUAUUUCUGACUAGGGAUUCUCUGCCUGUUGGAGUGACCCCAAGUUUCCGUCCUGAAGUCCGGCUCCGCAGUGGCCCUGCCCUGCCCCCUUCCAAGCAGCAGCAAUCAGAUUUUCCCUCGAUAGGGUUAACCAUCCUACUACUCCAUGACCUCUUGUUGUGUGUCACUCAGAGCUAUAAGGAGCCCGAAACAGCCAGGUGUGCCUCAGCUUCCAAUUCACGUAUUACUAUGACAUUUUGAGGAUGUGUCUCCUUGGAGACUAAAACCUCUACACCAGCCUGGUCCCAACCCUCAGGUGUGUGGAAGGCACUGAGAUGGAGGGAUAGCUCACCCCUCUCCGCCUGCUUCCCAGCCUGUGAGGGCGAACGAACACCAGGCGAUGCAUGUCAGUUCCGAGCUUGUGCUAUAUCCUGUGGGUCGGACCCAACCUCUCAAGGUGGUGUUUCUCAGCUGGUGCCCUCACUGAGUUUUCAGCAAACUGUCUCAUCAUAUUAUCAAGCUGACUGCUCCUGGACUGCUGGGAUCCUGACCAGAUGAGUGAAUGCCAUAGGCAUCAACCCAUCACUUUACUUCUGCUGUAGAAUGCAUUCUUUGGUUGGAUGCCCUAUGUGGGGAUGCCACAUUGAUGUUUACAGCAUUUGAUAAGUCCACGGAUAUUGAUGGUGGGAGGCAUGAUGGAUAAGGAAAGCAAAUCCAAAUCCAGAUGAAGGGCCCAUAGUGGUCGAGACAGAUUCCUGCCCUCUUGAAGUGAUAGGUGUAGACUCAGGGGAGGCUCAGCUGCAGGUCAGGAGGAGGGAGCAUGGAAGAAUGAGUGAGGAAUUCACACCCAUGGCCUACCUGUGCCUUCAGAGACCUAUCCUGGAGCCUCCCCUUGAAGAUGGAGUGCUUUUGGCCAUGGCUCACUAUGGCUGGGUGGAUCAGCUAAGCCCGGUUCAUGAGGGGCAGCAUGGCCCCCUGCUAUGCUGUAGCCAAGCAUUUAGGCUCCUCCAGAGCCCAGUGGCAAGCCAGAGCGCCAUGUCUCAAAAGGAUGGUAGUUACUUGUUGGCCAGAGAAUCACUUGGUUCUGAACCCUGAGUUUCCCCGCCAUACUUUUCUUAUUAGGACUUGCCACAAACUUCAUUAGCAACAGGCCCCACAUGGUUCCCCAAUAUGCCACAGACAGACAGACACCUCAAGCACCCUUGGAUCUGUCAGGUCAUGGGGCCUGGUAGGAGAACCAUUCUCCCAGCCGGAGAACCUUCACUUGCUCUCGGCCCAACCCAAAGCUGGUGGCCUUCUAGGUCAUUUGGUUCAUGGGUUGGAACAAGAUGCCCUAAAAUGACAUUUUUGCCUGGAAUUGGGUCUUAGUGGUAAGGGAUUAAAAAUGCGGUAAUUUGUUCUACAUUAUGGAGGAAAUAUUCUGACCUGAUCAGACCCCUCAACCCCCAGGAAUUUACCAAGACCCCCCCUUUUUUUUUUGCAUUUUCACAUGAUUUAUCUCCCACCUCUGACUCACAUAUGUCUUAUCAAGGCAUCUAGGGAAACUGCUGACUCCAGGCUCUAUCAGCAUGAUGCCGUCAGUGUGAGGGAACACUGGUGGCGAGGGCAGUGUCCCUGUGGGCCAGGUGGUGGCACAGAGCUGGUCAGCUAUGAUAUUCAGCUGGAGAUGAACUCUUUCUGAAGUUCUUUGUUCAUCAAAAUAGAAGGAAAAAAAUGAAUUCACUAGAGCAAAGGAUUCAUACCAAAUGUGAGGAGCUGGAUGAAUUUGCUUGAGCAAGAAGACCAUCUCUGGAACAGCACCUGCAGUUGGAGACAUCACUUUUUAAAGCUUACAGCGAUCCAAAGACUUCUUGGUGUUUUGCACUGGUCAAGCUGAGCUGUGGUAGGAAUCACUAUGACUUCACUCUCAGGUCUUUGAUAGUUACACUGAUUUCUACAUUUCCCCCAGGAAUAUGGUUCUACUUUUGAUUUACCAUUUUGGUACCAUUUUGGUAGGGAGGGGGCUUCCAAUGGCUUGUGCUUGUCCUAUCUUACUAGGGUCAUUCUUACCCCACACAUCAGAGUGCCAUUGUGGGAGGGAUGUCUCCUUCAAAAUAUAUCCAUUUCAACUAUUCACUCAAAAUAAUCCUGGGUUGGCUUUGAGAUUCCACUGUCUACUGUGGUGCAAAUUUGGUCUAUUAAUUAUCCCCAUUGGUUGGCAGACCACAUGCUUUUCUUUUGCCCCCAGAAAUUGGACUUAGCUUGGAGCCAGUAUCCUACAGAACUCCUCUCCCCAAGUUUGGGUAUUUUUCUUUUCCUUCUAUAGUUCCCAGAUAAAUGGACACAGAUCCCUUUAGGGAAGGCCAAGGAAGGUUCACAAUAUGCAUUUAGUGUUAAAAUAAGGUUUCCCUUCAGAGAUACUUGGCUUACUCUCCAUUGAAGGUCUGGAAAUUAGUGCGAGAUUUUGACUCCACCUUGGCAGCUUGAGACAGACCUGUUUGCCCAACCAGAAGUCUUUAGUUAUGGUUAUAACUAGGUAAUAUCUUAGGGAGUGUCUGGUCUUCAUUCCUGGGACCCAGUGGUUGAUUAGCCACCGCUCGAGGUCUGGUUUCCAUGCCCAUGACCAUUGUGAUGACUCCUCUACUUUGUUCCUUGUAUCUAUCUCUGCUGCUGAGAUCAGGCUGCUCAUUUUCACAGCAGCUCUCCCAACCAGCAUUCCAGGCCUAGAGAGGAAAGCCAGCAGAACCUCACCCCUGUAUUUCUCGUGGCAAGGAGCAAGACCACCUCCUGGGUCCUGUCGGAGGACAGGGAGAGGAUGGAUGGGCUGGAUGCAUGCAAGGGACCCAAUAAAGCAUUCUAUUCUCCUGAGAUCCGUGAGUUCCUGCUUUCUUGGAUAUUUGGUCUUUUUAAUAUAAUUUAGCAUGGGUCAAUGUUUGGUCCAGAUUUGUAUUAUCCACCCCCUACCCUGCAAUGACUAAAAACUGUAUCUAGCUGUUUGAGCUUCUGCAUUACAUGUAGAUCUCUGGUGAGCAAACAUAUCAAUAAAUAUCACCUGAAGCAAAAUUAUAUUCUA